GUAGAAAUCGGGUACACUCGUGGCUGGGGCCUUCGCCCUGGUCAACUGGAUUGGAAGGCAGAUCAGUGGGCUGCAAUCCCCGGGGUCAACUACAAGCUGCACGGGGUGCUGCAUCGGGGCCGACACCUCCCUCGCCAGGACCCCAUCCCCAUCCUACAGCCUCACACAAUCGUGACGCUGGAUUCGCGUCUGCUGCUGGGCUUGGCCCCGCGUGUGCGGUUGCCCACCCAGCCACCAAUUCCUGCUCGAAUUCCCAUCGACUUGUACGCAAUCCUGGAAUACGCC